GUACGUACAAAGGUCUCGCACGGGCGUUGGCAGCUAAAAUGACCACAGAGGAACGCUCGGUGGCGGCUGCUCCAGCGCGCCUGCGGUUUGCCAAGUGACGUCACUGCUACUCGUGCAUGCGAACACCGCAUAGGCAUCUGCACUAUGCGGGACAUCACGGGCCCGAGCUAAUGGGGGGCUUCGACUCCCUUUCUUGCCUAGUCCUGCAUGGCUGAGCCGUGUCUGGGGAAAAGAGGUUCCUGGGGGUGGAGGAGGUGCCCGGGGAGUGGCGGAGGCGACACACCGCUUUGGCCUCGACUUCACGACCCAACAACAUCUGGGACCUCGGACCCGUCAAGUUCUGAAGCAACACAAUUGGCUCCUGCUUGUGCUGGCAACAAUCAGCUCAGUAUGAACCAAAAGGCGGCACUGUCCACAACUGCGUUGUUAGACGCCCAGAAGAUUGUGGAGGACGUGGUGGCGGCAAAAAGGGAGCAGCUACACGUGAUCGGCAAGUUCCUGUGGGAUAACCCGGAGGUUCGUUUCGAGGAGCACAAGGCCCACGACGUUCUUUGCACUUUCCUCGAAGAAGAAGGUUUCGACGUCAAGCGACACUACAUUCUACAGACUGCAUUCCGCGCUGAAUACGGAGAAGGCUCAUCUCCCACUGUGGCCCUGCUGUGCGAGUACGACGCUCUACCGGGGAUCGGCCACGCGUGUGGGCACAACCUGAUUGCCCAGUGUGCCCUGACUGCUGCAGUGGUAGUGCGUCAGCUGAAUGAAGUCACACGAGCAGUUGUCCGGAGUGCCGCUACAAGGCAGGGUGGUGGUGCUCGGCACACCUGCUGAAGAAGGCGGUAUGGGCAAGGAGCUGCUGCUGCGAGCCGGGGCCCUAGACGGCGUCGAUGCAGCCCUCAUGGCGCAUCCAGAAAAAGACAACGCUCUACGCGUAAUACUAUCUGCGCGAUGCGGAGUUACAGCUCUAUUUGAGUAUGCCGGAGAAGAGCAUGACGUGCAGUCCAGCGCGUUGGACGCCGCUGUUCUCGCUUACUCGGGCCUGUCACUUAUACGGGCACGUAUGGACCCUGAAUGCAGAAUGCAUGGCGUGUUCCUGCGAUCAGAGGCGACGUCAGAACUAGAGGUUCAUCGCAGCCAGUUACAUUUCUGUGUGCGGGCUCCAAGUGCUGAAAGGCUCCUGAAAGUGCGCACUCAGCUCGAAGCCUGCAUGGAAGCGGCCGCCAAGGCCACGGGCUGCAACGUCCACAUUGCCGAAAAGGAAAUCUUCUGCAAGCACAUGAAUCUGAAUGAACCGCUGCUAAGAAUUUUCCAACGGCACGCAGAGGCACAAGGAUUGCUAUUCGAAGACAACAAUGCCUGCCGGGUACAGUUGUCAGGUGCAACGUCAGACAUUGGCAACGUGUCCCACGUGGUGCCCACAAUUACAUCCCAUGUUUGGCAUCGAAUCCGCAUCUCUGAAUCAUACCGUCGAAUUCGGCCGUGCCGCAGGUACCAGGCAGUCGCAGGAAACGUCUCUCGUAGUUGGAAAGGCACUAGCGCUCACAGCCUUCGAGCUUCUUUGCGACCAUCGGCUUCUGGAUUCGGCGAGAGAAGAUUUUGAACGCCGACGCAGCGAUCAUUCUCUCUGAAUAGCAGUUCUCGUGUGCAGAUGUUGAGUGCGCUCUACUUUCCCUGUGAAGCCGUAGAACGCUGACAGUUGACGUAUAUUUCAGUGCGGUACCAAAAAGUUUACCUGCCUGUAAUAUUGACGUAACCUUGAAAAAACAGAAGGAAAUUGUUUUGAUCACCACCCAUUGUCAUGGCUUCAUUUUCUACAUUGUUCAGCUCAAUAGUCGCAGUCAUUGCAAUGUUGGAAUGCAGAAAAUUAGGCUUAUACGUGAACUAGGAAGCCCUACAUAAUAAAUUGAAGCACUGCAUUUGGUAACAACCGAAGCACUAAAAAGAAGUUGCAUAAAAAAACUACAUUAUCAUUCGGCGUUUCUUUUGAAGUACUUGAGCAUAAAAGUUAGGAACAGUGAAAAAGCGUGCUCAGCGAACAAGACAUUGAAAAUAGCCCUAUUAAGCUCCCGUGUACACCGUAAUUUUUUCAUUGGAGAAUUUCCUUUAUUGGUAUCUUUCUGGUCUUUGAGCGAUGGUUUUAGAAAUAAGCAAAGCUUUCUAGGAAGGCUGUGAUCUAUUGGAAAGAAUGAAAAAUGUAAGCAUGACAGGGCCAAAUACAUCGAACGGGCGCGACUGUCAAACAAAACAAAUACGUUCAAAUUCGUAAUUGGCCUAUUUUGGAUCACCACAUUCGUGACUUUAUUCAUAAAGUUAUCAUAAAUUAUUCUACUAUAGGUGUCAGCAAAAAUAGAUAACAAUCUUCUUAGAAUGCCACUUUAUUUGCUGUGAGGUGUAAGUUUAACGUUUUCGGAAUAUUUGCAGUGAAAACUAACUUAUAAUAUUUUUGUAAUAUUUAUUGUACUGCGAAUUGAUGAUAGUUAUGUAGAGAGAGAGAGAAGGAAUAAGGAAUGCAGCAGGAGUAGAGUGGCUGACUAUACCACGUCCAGUUUGCAGCCCAACACAUUUGCAGGGAAAUAAGAAAGAGAAAGAAAGAGUGAGUGAAGAAGAGAAUCAUUACAAAAUGGACACGCAGAGCAGUGUUUCAAAGGCGGACCCCCCACGCUGCCCCUUUCAUGUACUGCCUGAAGGUUCACGUGGUUUUUUGGGGCUAAUUAAAUUAUGCUCUCAUUUUUUUCUUGGAGCCUCAAUGUAACAUCUCCUAAAUAAGAUUUUUGUGAACCUGACUUCACAGAGACCGACAUAUUUUUUAUGCAAUGCUGCGCGAAGCUUUGCUUGAGAGAGAAAUGCGUAUUAUGGUAACUCGGCUGAGCUCAGCUCAAGAUCACGUGUUGGUGGGUUCCCCUUCAUAAUUAUGCGCACUUUUAUUGCGUUGCAUUCUCAUACCUGAAGCAGUUACACCCUUUAUCGUGUUUUUGUGCUUCGUUAUUAGAUGGUUUUGUCUAUGGGACGCUGAUAUUUCACUUUUGAUGCCAAUAUUCAUAAACCUGAAACAUCCUAGGGAGUGUUUGAGUGUGCGAGCAUUUCGAAGAUUGCAUAGCUUAUGUGGAACAGUGAUCACGCACAAACCGGCUGUAAUUCAGUGAAACACUUGAUAUUACUGCUGUCUUCACUGAAAUAACUGCAUUGUAUCUAGUUGUUGAGACAUUUGAUAUUAUGCUGCAUGUUCUUGCUUUACUUUCUCUUAGAACUUUGUCAUUACCUAUUGAAAUAAAGAAUUAUAGAUGCUGCUUUUUCAA